AGUCGAAAGAGACCGCCUCUCCCUCUAAUAUUUUCCAGUCACGUUUCUUCUCAUCCAUUGGAAUGAUGCCCGCAGCCGUAGAAGGCAGGCAAUGGUCACUAACCCCGUUUUGUAAUUGAGGAAACAGGCCCAGAGGCCAGUCCGGGCGCCCACUCUGUGUCAACAGGGGCCUUGGACUCGAACCCUGGGUUCCGACAUCUGGCGCUGCGAAGCUGGCUGGGAAACUACAUUUCCCAGCAGGCCUGGCAAAACGCGCGCAGGCCCAGUGGGCCAGUAGCGCUUCGCGGACAGACCUGCCUGCGCCGCGGCCACCGAAGGACUGUCCCGCCGGGGCGUGGGGUCCUGGGGGCUGUGCGGGCUGAGGCUACCUCGGUGUGGGAAGCGAGUGGCCCUGCGGGGGAGAGCGGGCUCAGGAGCCGGCGGCUGAGAUGCUGGUCCAGGCAUGGACUUCCUGACAACAUCCCAGUCUCCCCCAGGCCCUCCAGCUAUGGACUUGGAGGAGCCCCGGGACGCACCUUCACCCCCUCAGGACCUGACCCCCAGCUGCCCGUGGGACCUGGUGCCCGGCGGCUCGGGCAGCCUGAAGCCGAUGGAACUUGACAGGCCGAGUUUGCAGGAACUGGUGCGGCAGUUUGAGGCUCUGCCUGGUGAUCUGGCGAGCCUGUCCCCGGACGGCCCUCCCUGCCCCCUGCACGUUGCCACUGGCCACGGCCUGGCCUCUCAGGACGUCGCAGAUGCCCACGGGCUCUUGUCCGCCGAGGCCGGCCGGGAUGACCUGCUGAGCCUUCUGCACUGCCAGGAGUGUCCUCCUCCCCCGUCUUGUCCGAAGGAGCCGCCAGACCCCGAGCCUCGCCUGUUACAGCCCCCGGAGGACCCAGACGGGGAGACCGGCGCCCCGGAAUGGCCAGAGGGAGCCUCUGCCGAGCAGGGUGGCAGCCGGAGCUCAAGUAGCUCCCCAGAACCCUGGCUGGAGACAGCCCCUCUAGUUGCUCCCGAAGAGCCACCUGCCGGUGACCAGAGCCCCAAGACCCUGGUGUCAUACCCUGCCCUCCAGGAGGUAUCCGGUCCCUGCGACCACGAAGACCUCCUGGACGGUGUCCUAUUUGGGGCCAAAUACUUGGGCUCCACCCAGCUGGUGUCCGAGCGGAACCCGCCCCCCAGCACACGCAUGGCCCAGGCCCGGGAGGCGAUGGACCGUGUCAAGGCCCCCGACGGGGAGACCCAGCCCAUGACGGAGGUGGACCUCUUUGUCUCCACCAAGAGGGUCAAGGUCCUGAUGGCUGACUCCCAGGAGGCCAUGAUGGACCACGCCCUGCAGACCAUCUCCUACAUUGCCGACAUCGGCCACGUGCUGGUGCUCAUGGCCCGGCGACGGCUGGCGCGGCGGCCGGCACCCCAGGGACACGGCCGCAGGCUCCGCAAGAUCCUCUGCCACGUCUUCCACUCAGAGGACGCCCAGCUCAUCGCGCAGGCCAUCGGCCAGGCCUUCAGCGUGGCCUACAGGCAGUUCCUACGGGAAAGCGGCGUCGACCCCGACCAGGUGGGCGCCCAGCAGAGCCCGGGGGCCACGGGGCCCGGCCACCUCCACAACGGGGACCUUGACCACUUCUCCAACAGCGAGAACUGCAGGGAGGUGUGCAUCCAGAAGCAUCGGGGCGAGGGCCUGGGCGUGGCCCUGGUGGAGUCGGGCUGGGGCUCCCUGCUGCCCACAGCCGUCAUCGCCAACCUGCUGCACGGGGGCCCUGCCGAGCGCUCGGGGGCCCUCAGCAUCGGGGACCGCCUCACCGCCAUCAACGGGACCAGCCUGGUGGGGCUGCCCCUGGCCGCCUGCCAGGCCGCCGUCCGCGAGGUGAAGUCGCAGACGCUGGUGACCCUCAGCAUCAUCCACUGCCCGCCGGUCACCACGGCCAUCAUCCGUCGGCCGCACGCCCGCGAGCAGCUGGGCUUCUGCGUGGAAGACGGCAUCAUCUGCAGCCUCCUCCGGGGCGGCAUCGCCGAGCGCGGGGGCGUGCGCGUGGGGCACCGCAUCAUCGAGAUCAACGGGCAGAGCGUGGUGGCCAUGCCGCACGCCCGCAUCAUCGAGCUGCUCACCGAGGCCCACGUGGAGGGCACGGUGGGUGUGGACAGAGAAGAGCAAGACUGCGCAUUUAGGGAGUUGAGCCUCAUUAACGAACUCCUACACAUCCUUCAAAGCCCCAGCCCGUGUCCUGUCCUGCAGGAGACUUUCCCAGUCGGUCCUCGUAGGAAGACGGCAUCUACUGCUUUGGCCCUCACGGCACGGGGCUGGAGCGGCCCUGUCUGCCUUCACCUCGCCCGCGGGGCUGGGAGUGCCAUGAAGCCAUAGCUUGGUUCUCACUCUCUUUACCCCCGAGCUGAGUCCCAGGAGAAGGGCUGAGGGGCCUCGGCCUGGAAGACAAGGGGCUCUUACCGCACACUGUCCUGUCGCCGCUGACCGUGGCGGGGGUGGCGAUCCACCUUGGAGGGAGAGAAAGGUCAGCACUUCCCCCAAAGUAAGACCAAGCAGGAUGAAGAGGGCCCGGCCCAGCUUCCCUCCUCGGCCCAGGUGGUGCUCCCCACACUUCCUCCUUGCCCCACACGGGUCUGCAACCCCUCCAAUUUUUAGAGAGAAAUGGGGUGGGGCUGAGAUCCCUAGCUUGUCAGCAAAGGGGGGAGGGGGUUUCCCAGCUGCAGAUUUCCUCAGAAGCCUGUUGUUGGAAGUUCAUAAAUAAAAGUUUGUGUAUGGAAA